CUCGUCGACUUUCUAUCCAAGCCAUAUCCUGACACCUUCCACUAGUCAUAAGUACACUCUCGAAAAGACGCCACUCCGACUCGAAAAUAUGUCAACAGGUCUUCCUCCAGGCGUACCGCCUGGCACCAAGGUCUUCGGACCCGGUGCCAACUGUACUCUGGAAGUUUGUCCCGUGGAGAUCAGUGUGUAUGGUUACGUGCCCAGCCUCCCCGCGAAUGCCAUCUUUCUAGCUCUCUACCUCAUCUCCGCAUGCAUCCACGUAUACCUGGGGAUUCGGUGGAAGAGCUGGUUCUUUAUGGGCUGCAUGGUUCUCGGCGCCGUCAAUGCCACCCUGGGCUACGCAGGCCGGAUUGCCAUGCAUUAUAACCCGUUCGACUUCGUCGCUUUUAUACUUCAGAUCAUAUGUGUUACCAGCGGCCCGGUUUAUUAUUCGGCUGCCAUCUAUGUGACACUUGCAGCAGCCAUCAAAGAUUUCUCUCCCUCACUAUCCCGCUUCAAACCCGACCUUUUCUACUGGAUCUUCAUUCCAUCCGACGUCAUCUGUCUGAUCUUCCAAGCGGCCGGGGGCGGGCUAUCGACAGCGUCCUCGGGCCAGAGCGAAAUCGGAGUAGACAUGGCGCUCGUCGGUUUGAGUCUACAAGUAGCCAUGAUGUUGAUCUUCUGCGGCUUCUUUGCGGAUUACUUGUUUCGCUACUUCCGCUCUGCGCAGUACCAGGCCGACCUGGGAAGAAGAAUAACCGGGUUGGGGUUUGGGACUAGGCUCAAGCUCUUCUUCAGCUUCAUGGCGUUGGCGAUACUGCUAAUCUUGAUUCGUUGCGUGUAUCGACUUGUGGAAUUACGUGAUGGGUAUAGAGGCGAGCUAAUCCGUGACGAACCGUUGUUCAUAGGUCUGGAAGGAUGCUUGGUCAUAUCUGCCGUUUAUUGUCUUAUGAUUGCUCAUCCGGGGCUUAUUUUCAAGAAAAGUCGGAACCCGGAGAUCCUUGAGUCGGAGGGUUAUGAGUUUCAAAAGGUCCCUUCCAUCACACCUGCCGGAUCAUAGACGAUAGGAUCAACUGCCAGAUUUCAAACUUGAAAGAAUAUUUUCUACUUGCUUGCCAGCUUUAGAGUUAUACGAAGCCCUGACUUUGGGAUUCCAGUUUUAUAGACCAAUUUGCCUUGUGCACCCAGUUUCUAAAUAGGUAACGAUAGGCACAUGAUUUUACUUGACGGUACUAUCAAGAAAAUCAAAUCCACAGCACGAUCAAUUGCCAUUAAACAGAACAAACCAUGUGUUUGCAUGCUAUAAUGAAAGAUUGAAGACAAAUUUUCAUCUCCUGAGAAACAAGCUAAGAAUCUAGCUUCGUACACAAUCUCGAUUGGUCUAGUGGUCAGGAUACCUGCUUGUCAUGCACAAGCGCGCAGGUGGCCGGGGUUCGAUUCCCCGAUCGAGAGUUUCUUUUUGUCUUUUUUGGUAAACUUUUGUGGGGG